UGCCAUUUACAGAUGGAGUUACAUACACGUCGAUUGUACACAUGAUUUAAAGAACGCCUGGUCCUUGCUUUGAAAGUUUCGUUUUUUACAGAAAUACUUUGGAAACCCCCCCACCACCACCCACAGGAGCGCUUUUAAGAGUCGGACGGGACCACCGGCUCCUCCUAGUAAAAGAACAGGCGGCGGACGCCCCCCGGAAACCUCGCUCCUCCUCGGGAAGCGUUGGCAGGCAACUGGCACGGAGGCUCUCGCGCCUGCAGGGCGCAUGUGUCGACCGGGAGGUGGCCAUGGUAUAGAGAGGCACAGUGAAGGGGGGCGUUUCUGAUGGCAGAUCCUGUUCCCUCCGGCUUGCUGGAAGUGUGUGUUGUAAUUGGAGUGCCAACAGAUAAGUUAAAGGAAACUUGCCAGAUACAGCCACAGGGAAAAGGGGGAGAAUGGCCACUUCUUGAUCCUGAAGUCCUGCAAGUGCACGUUCCUCCGUUCGUGACGAAAGAGAAUGCAUUUGAGUCGAGCAGCGCGUUCAACAGAGUCCAGCGUCGGCGCUCGUUCAUAAAGAAGAAGAGGGAGAAGCCUGACGCGACUUCGAAAGAAAACCCAGAGAGCAGUGAGCCAAAAACAGAGGAUAUCAGCGUCCCCAAAGACAUUGAUCUUAUUGGACUGCCACAGCUUUGCUUUCCUGGAGGGCUUCAAGUAACCAAUGAGCUGAAAGAAGACCGCUUCCACUUCCUGGUUUUCACUGACGUCUUUGGGACCAGAACCUAUGGAGCAGUUGUUCAAUACUACAGGCCAGUACAGUUCUCACAGGAUGCCGUUUGCUAUCAAAAUGGGCAGAUGCAUUGGUCUGCUUCCAGAGCUCCCCGACUCUAUACUGCCUUUGGCAUCUGUAUUAUAUCCAAAUAUGCUUACUACAAUGCCCUCAAGGACUGCCUUUCAUGUCUAGUGGCACAGCUGAAGUCUUACAGAGGGAUGGACUUUGAAGACAGAGUCAAGGAAUUUGCUGCAAAACUGGCCUUAGUGCCAACCCCCCCACCUGGACAACUUCAUUUGGCGUUCAAUAUGAAGCCUCUGCAGAUUGUGCUUCCUUCAAAAGAGGAUUUGGAUCACCCUACUGUUGAUUUGGAUCUCCAUCUUCCUUUGUUGUGCUUCAAUGCCAAACAGAUUUUGCAGAUCAUCACGUGUUUCCUGACGGAGCAGAGGAUUGUGUUCUUCUCCUCCGACUGGGCCCUGCUCACGCUGGUGUCGCAGUGCUUCAUGCUGUACAUCCACCCCCUGCAGUGGCAGCACACCUUCGUGCCCAUCCUCUCCAGACAGAUGCUGGAUUUCGUCAUGGCGCCGACCUCUUUCCUCAUGGGCUGCCACAUCGAUCACUUGGAAGAAGUCGAAGCGGAGACAAAUGACCUGAUUUUGAUAAAUAUUGACAAUGGCACAAUAUUUGCUUCAAAUACAGACAUCCCAUCUAUGCCAUUGGCUUCAGCAGACUGUUUCAUGAGACGGCACGCAGGGCUUCAGGUCCAUUACGAUCUGGAGCUGUCUCAUCUUGGGACCAGCAUUGACAUGAACGACCUGAGAAUGCAGAGAAGACAGUGGCAGCAGAAGCUGAAUCGUGAAAUACAGCAGGUUACCUUAGAGCUAAUAGUCAAUAUCCUUAGGGAAGUCAAUGAUCAUCUGAAUUAUGAACACAGAGUGUUUAACAGUGAAGAAUUUCUCAAGUCCCGAGAACCAAUGGACCAGCCAUUUUACGAAAAGGUUUUAGAGACGCACAUAUUUCAUUCCUUCCUGAAAGCGCGGCUCAGCAGGAAAAUGGACGCUUUCAGUCGGAUGGAGCUGAGCAGUCGAUCGGAAGCCCAUAGAGUGAAGCCCUCGAUGGACUCUCCCCGAAGGCCUACCAUGCAAGAAAUGGCUCGAAAGUACAGCAGUCCUGAGAAUCGCUUGAGCAAGCGCCUGGGGAUGAGCAUGCCGAACCUGGAAGAGGAGAGGACUGUGGGCUUCCCAGUGAGACAGGCCUCACUCAAGAAACUGGGCACAGAGAACGCCCUUAUGAUUCCCAAGAUGCCCAUCACCCUGUUUAAGCUCCCAGAGUUCCCUGCGCCCUUAGUUUACCAUUAUGUCCAAAACUAUUACUCGGAACUGAUAAGCCUGCUGGGGAAGGCUAUUGCCAGUGUGCCUACGGAGAAUUCCACCCUCCUAGCCAGAUACUUCUACCUGCGGGGCUUCAUCAACACCAUCAGCGGGAAGAAGCUAGAUGCUCUGAGCGACUUCCAGAACCUCUACAAGACGGACAUCGAAAUCUUCCCCACGGACCUGGUGAAAAACCUGGUGGAUUCCCUGGCGCGGGAGGAGCGGGCCCAAGCCGAUAAGCGCUCGGAGCUGAAGCGGCUGAUUAGCAAAAUGAAAAAAGACAACGAGCGGGACCUGGUGAAGUCGGAUGACCACGUCAAGAAGUUUGAGCUCCCAAAGAAGCACAUGCAGCUGGAGGAUUUCGUCAAGCGGAUCCAGGAGUCUGGUAUAGUGAAGGACGUCGGGACAAUUCAUCGCCUGUUUGAUGCGCUGACUGUCGAAUCUUUUAAGAGUGGCUUGAGUUGGCAAGGUCUGGAUGCAGCAAUGAGGGCAUCUUCGCAAUCUGUAUUUUACCUUGAUUCGUCUCUGGAUGGCCAGCAGAAGCAGAUUGACCCCGAGGUGUUCCGAGUCUUCUACACUUUCUGGAAGGAGACAGAGGCUGAAGCCCAGGACGUGCACCUCCCUGCCGAAGUCAUAGAGCACCUGGACACCAACGAGUGUGUGUACAAACUGUCCUGCUCUGUCAAAACCAACCAUGGCGUGGGCAAGAUUGCCAUGACGCAGAAGAGACUCUUCCUACUCACAGAAGGCAGACCAGGCUACAUUGAGAUCAGCAAAUUCAGAGACAUAGAGGAAGUGAAAAUUUCUUCUGCGCCUUUCCUUUUACUGAGAGUGCCUUCGUUGAAGAUCAAGACGAGCUCAAGAAAAGAGGUUUUCGAAGCUAAUCUGAAGUCAGAGUGUGACCUGUGGAAUCUGAUGGUGAAGGAAAUGUGGGCUGGGAGGAAGAUGGCGGAUGAUCACAAGGAUCCCCAGUACGUGCAGCAGGCUUUGACAAACGUUCUGCUCAUGGAUGCUGUGGUUGGUUGUCUUCAGUCACAGAAAGCUAUCUUUGCUGCAACUAAGCUGGCAUACUUCGACAAAAUGAAGCAUGAGGUUCCUAUGAUGGUUCCCAAAACGACAUCCGAGACCUUGAAGCACAAGAUUAACCCGUCCCUUGAUCUGACAGCUCCUCAGGCUGUGGAUGUCUUGCUAUACACUCCAGGCCAGCUGAGUUUCUCUGAUUCUGGCAGCGAUGGGAACCCAAAAUUAUGGUGUGCGCUCAGCGAUGGGAAGGUAGUGGUGUUCGAUGCAGCGAGCUGGUCGAUACAGCAGAACUGUAUUCAAGUGGGAGCCACCCGACUGAACUGCAUGCUGGGCUUGGAUCAGAGCCAGGUGUGGAUUGGCUCCCGGGAUUCUGUCAUAUACAUCAUAAACAUUCGGAGCAUGUCCUGUAACAAGCAGCUGACUGAGCACCGCAGUGAGGUGACCGAUAUAGCCACAGAGGAGAAAACUGACAAGUUCAGCCAGAUGCAAGCCUACUCCUGCAGCGCUGACGGCACUGUAAUUGUCUGGGAUGUGUUCACACUUAAAGUCAAAAAGCAGUUUCACGUGACUUGUGAGAGACUCACUUCCAUCAGGCCAAUGAAUGGAACACUGUGGUGCUGUGGUAAAGACUGCAUCGUAGAACUCAGGAAAAAUGGAAUGACAAAUCGCAAGAUGACACUUCCAGACCAUCUCAGAGAUAUUCCUACAUUCUUCUGCAGUUUCAUACUGUUUAUCGAGAAGGACCAGCUGUGGACAGGCUGUGCAGAUGCUGGUGAGCUGUGCGUCUGGCAUGUCAGAGACCUGACCAAGCCCUUCCACAGGAUCCAGCUGCAGGACUGUGCCGGCGUCAGCUGCAUGAUAAAGGUCAAGAACCAGAUCUGGGUGGGCAGCCAAGGGAAGACUCCUGGGAAGCCCAGAGGGAAGAUCUACGUGGUGGACACGGAGAAGCACAGUGUGGAGAAGGAGCUGGUGGCCCACACAGACUGCGUGCAGGCCCUGUGCUCUGCUGAGGACCGCUACGUGCUCAGUGGCUCGGCUUCCGAAGACGGGAAGAUAGCCAUCUGGAAGGUGGAGUAGAGCAGGCCUUCCGACCGGAGUUCGUUCCUUGAAGCCGUGGGCCGGUGGACGGACUUUUCCUUCUGCGGCAUGCUGGGAUCAGGAUCUUCGGACCACGGGGGAAAACAAACUUGGCCUUCUGGGUGUGCAACAGGUUUUAAAAUGGUGGGAGACACAGACCGUUUUUUGUGAAGGAUAAUUGUGAUGGCGUGUAGUUAACUUGGGGGGAAGAGGACUCACAGAGCAGAGAACUUUCAGAAGUCAUGUUGAAAAAUCGCUCGAAGGCAAAACCACCACCCGCCUUUAGGGUAUUUAGGAUAUUUUGAGCUGAGGUGGAAUGAAGACAUUGUGGAUCCCCAGACUCAUGUCUGGAGGUUCAUAUUAUAGAUGAUGGAAAUCUAUGUUUUUCCAUGAUCUUCCAUUUUAAGUACUAAAAAUAAUCUUUUCGUAAAGACGUACACAUUUUUCUCAAAACAUGUUUCUUUGAGAGUAUUACUUUUAAUUCAAGGUAGUCCUUGAAGUUGUAUUUUUUUUUUUACUAUGCACGUUUUUAUUUAUGUCAAUGUAAAUUAUAGACAGUAUCUCUCAGUCUAUCGAGAAAAAAACAGUUGGUUUGAAUUGUAGUUUAAAAAGACAUUUAAACUACAUUUAAAAACAUUUAAUUUAAGGAAAAAAGAAUCUUCAGUUUUAAGUUAACAUUCAAGAAUGUAGUGUGAUGUUGAGGUGGAAGUUGAAAACAAACCCAGGCAACUGAACAAAGGGAUUAUUUCAUUAAUUUGUUUCUGUACGUUCUUGCUUCUAUACAACGUUUCCAAAAGAAUACAUUUUAUAAGAACUUGGUUCCUUUUUUCAGGAGAUUACUGCUAGGACUGAAAUAUAUACUAAUUUGAAGCUUAAGAAGAACAAAGUGUGUUUUACUUUGAACCAACCCAAUUGUCUGUUUUCUUUUUUAACAUGCGCUCAUUCUGAACAAAAUCAUCCUCCAGUGAUAUUUAAGGAUGUGCUGUUGACGCACAACCACAUUUCACACGUAUUGUUGUUUUCUUACAUUAAGUACGGAUUUUUUUUAAUGUUUGAAUACUAUUUAAUUAAAUCUUGUUAAACAGUUAUAAGUGAAAGCAAUGUUCACUUGAAUAGUCAUAUUUUGGAAUAUGACUGAUUUACACUGUAUAUUGUUCCAUCACCAACAGCUAGUUUUAUAUAACUACCAGUAAAAAAUAUAAGAAAUGCUAUGUAAUUACUUCAAAAGGGUAUAUUUUGAAAGAUGAACAAAAAAGAGCCUGUAAAUGAAACCCUAUAUAUAGUUAUAACAUUAAGGUUAAUGGAAUAGUUUCAAUAUUAAAUAGCAACAUGUUUGCACACAAAA